AUGCCCCUUCUUAGCUUCUUCACUUGGCUACUCGCCAUCCACGCCAUCACCGUUUCAGCCGCGUACGGCGACAUAUGCACCCAAGAAAACGCCAUAGUCCGCAAAGAAUGGAGCUCUCUCACCCUAGCGGAGCGUAAAGCCUACAUCGACGCCGUCUUGUGUAUGCUCUCACUCCCCGCCAUCACGCCCGAUCUCCCGGCGAGCGACUCGCUCUUUGCCGACUUCGCCGCCGUGCAUAUCAACUACACGACGACAAUGCACUUCGAUGGCCUCUUCUUCUCGUGGCACCGACACCACCUGUUCCUCUUCGAGACGGCCCUCCACGAGCAAUGUGGUUACCCAGCUUACCUGGGAUUGCCGUACUGGCAUUGGCCGCUGUAUGCAGACCGGCCGCUUGAGGAGAGUGCGCUGUUUGAUGGCAGUGAAUAUAGUCUUGGUGGGAAUGGCGAAUAUCUACCUGAGCAGGGGGAUAUCCCGACGGCGGAUGGCGGGACAUUCCCGCAUGGUACUGGCGGCGGCUGUGUCUUCACGGGACCCUUUGCCAACUUGAACCUGAACAUCAUGUUCCUCGGGUUUGGCUUCAUCCCCAGCGGUCUGCCGGACAACUGGACGGAGCCAGACCCGCAUUGUCUGGAUCGCGACUUGAAUGACCUGUCAUUGCGCACGCUACUGAACCAGGAACGGAUCGAUACGGCGCUGAGCCAGCCAGACAUCGAAGGGUUCCAGAACUGGACGGAUAGUUACAAGGCGGUAUAUGGCAUGCACGAGGCGGGCCAUGUCGCUGUGGGCAUGACGAUGCAUGAUCCCUUUGGUUCGCCGCAGGAUCCCGUAUUCUAUCUCCAUCAUACGGGGCUGGAUUACCUAUGGAAUAAGUGGCAGUCGGGUGGGGAGGGGAGAAGAGACCAGUGGAAUGGGACGGAUAGAAUAUUCAAUGAGGGAGGGGUUGAGGUGUCUGCCGCGAGUGUUAUGGAAUUUGGCUUUAUGGGGGAGCCGGUUACACUUGAUCAAGUCAAGAACCCCACGGCUGGGCCUUACUGUUAUAGAUAUGAAGAACCGUGCGUGGAGUAA